UCUGUAUUGUAAGUUAAAAACUAAUAUACGUCGGGUGCAUUAAAAUGUUUAUUUUAUACUAAAUUAUUUUAUUGUUUUUCACUGCUCUUUAUCUUUUCACCCACGCAAACAUUACGGAUCUGCGUCCUAUUAUUUCCCGAGUAGAUAAUUUCGAAUUAGCAAUGCUGUAACAGUGAAUAUAAAUCGUUUUGGUAAUACAGUGAUUUUUGAAUUUAAGAAACUGAAGUAAUAAUGAAUAAUAGUGUUUUAAUUUUUUGUUUGCUUACACUGCUAAUACACAUUAAAUCCUCGAUAUCACUUUACAAUAAACAGUGGAGUGACAAAUAUGAAAGCAACAAAUGCCCUAAAUUGUAUCCUAAGAAUUUUGAUAACCAUAUGCCCGUCGGUAACGUGACUGCUGGCAAUUACACUGAGAAAUCUGAAUUAAAAGGUCUUAGACAAUGUGUAAUGGGAUGCUGCCUUAUAGAAACAUGCAACAUAGUGUUCAUUUAUUACUCAAGGUGCUUUCACGUGGAGUGUGUGAGCAAUGAGUUGUGUUUACCAUUGCCAAAGGUUGCUUCACGCAAAUGGAAUACACAUGUGUCGAUGAUACUUGUUAAACCUGUACUUCCCAAUGAAAAUUGGUCAGAUAUCUUAGAACAAACAAACUUCAGAGAAUUGAAUACAAAUUUUUCACCGGAAGAAGAACCAGGGUACUCUUAUACCAAUCAACGUAAUGACAUCCAAGAUGAUGAGGAAUCAAAUUUUCUUACGCAUUUCAUUAAUAAUUUGCCGUCGAUGGAUGACGAAGAACAGCAAAACUUUGAUAAAUACACUGACAGUAACGACAAUGAAAUGAUGCUGGCUUCUAGAUUUCUAGAAAAAGUAUCCUGUGAAGUUGGUGCAGAUGAUUGCCCCUUCAACGCAGAAUGUAUACCGCUAGGUCACAAAAUGCGCAAUGGCUUAUGCAAAUGCAUUAUGGGUACAGAGGAGAAUGCCGAAGGGGCUUGUGUUGCUAGGAGACCAUUUUCAAAAGGUCCAACUAUACCGUUGGAAUCAACGAAGAAAAUUGAGAAUCUAGAUCCUGAAAUUAAGUCUAGCAACCUGAAAUCAGAGCUAUCAUCACAUCAGAACUUGACGGUAUCAAUAUCAUCUAAAGAGGUCCAGCUACCGGAAGAUGAAGUGACUUUGGCUGCUUAUACAAUACCAGAUGAGAAAUCUACCAUGAGCCACUAUAACUAUGUGUGGACUCUUGUUGAUCAGCCAAAAGAAGGUUUUACAGGUAACAUGAUUCAAAAUGGUGGUACUGUGACCUUAACCGAUCUCACCGAAGGCCAAUACAGGUUCAAAGUUACUGUGAACGGAACCAGCUCAUAUGGGGAGGGUUUUGCCAAUGUGACAGUGUUACCACCAAAGAGAAUUAACACCCCACCACUUGUAGUCAUCACACCACAGUCCCAAACCGUAAAACUUCCUAACUCUGGUGCUGUUUUGGAUGGCAGUGCUAGCAAGGACGAUGACGCAAUAAUAUCCUGGCACUGGGAGUUAUCGGCUGGGCCCAUAAGCUAUCAGACACCACUUCAAGACGGACCAACUUUAGUUCUAAAAGAUUUGAAACAACCCGGGAACUAUACAUUUAAGCUGACCGUUGAAGAUUCCGAUCAUGUAAAGAAUUCCACUACUGCCAACAUCACUGUACUCAAUCACACAGACUACCCACCUGAGGCUAAUGCAGGUCAGGAUGUCAUUAUAUAUCUUCCGAACAACAACCUCACUUUGAACGGCAGCCUGUCGACGGAUGACCACGAAAUCACGUCCUGGGAGUGGACCAAGUCCGCUGCGGACGAAAAUAAAGCUGUGGAUAUGCAGAACACACACUCGCCAUACUUACAGUUAUCCAACUUGUCGGAGGGGGUGUACACGUUUGUGUUGAAGGUGACCGAUUCUUCCGGUCAGUCGUCGACGGCAGAGGUCCACGUAUUCGUUAAGCCUCCAACAAACACGCCGCCCGUAGCUGACGCCGGGCAGGACGCGUUCGUAUCCCUCCCACAAACGUGGAGCGUGCUGAACGGCUCAACAUCCCGCGACGAUCAUCGGAUAGUCGCGUACACAUGGCGCUGGGUGUCCGGACCCACUAACUCUAACAUCAUCAGUUACAACGAAUCCGUCGCUAACGCCACGGCACUAACAAAGGGACAAUACGUUUUCGAGCUGACUGUACUCGACGAUAACGGAAACUCGGCGACCGAUGACGUCACGGUCACAGUUACUCAGAAUAAAAACAGUCCGCCGAAGGCUGUGGCGGGAGGCGAUAAAAUUUUAAAUCUCCCAGUACCGGUGCUGGUACUGAACGGGUCGCAGUCCUCGGACGACUUCCGCAUCGUGUCCUACAAGUGGACAAGAUCCGGUUCCGGUCUCGCGGCCGGGACGGUCAUCAUGAAAUCCGAUGCAACGCCCGUUCUCAUGUUGACAAACAUUGAAGUGGGAAGAUAUGUGUUCGAGCUGACUGUGACCGAUGACCAGGGCGAGUCGGACAGGGACACGGUUAGCGUACAAGUGAAGGCUGACCCGUUGGAGAUGAAACUUUUAGAAAUGACCCUCAACAUACCCAUCUCCAGCUUCACCAAAAGCCAGCUCGACUCGCUAGUGCAGAAAAUGAAUUUGUUACUCAAAGAUGGAAUAUCCGUGAAUGUGACAGAAAUCCGCGGGGAGGUCGACUCGGGGAACACUUUGAUCAUAUACUUCUUGACGGAAAAGGGUGUGCCAAUGGAUGGCAUAGAGGCGUUAUCCCAAUCCCGAAGUGCCGCUAUAAGCGCGGGCGCCCGCCGCGUGCGCUCCUUCCGCUGUCUGAGCACGUGCUCCGGCCGCGGCGUGUGCGACCAAGCGACGCGCACGUGCCGCUGCGACGCUUUCUGGAUGCAGAGCUUACUCACUCUGAUGCAGCCGGACGCUCAGCCCGACUGUGACUGGUCGGUGGUGUAUCUGUCUGUGUGCGGUGUGGUCGGUCUGUGCGGAGCGUGUGCUGGAGCGUGGGCGUGCGGUCGGGCCGGGGCACGUGCUUGCUCACCGCCCCGCCCCAGAGCACGUGCUCCGUACCGACUACUACCGCUGGCAGAGCACGAGGACAAGCCAUUCGCCAGCAAAGAGGUGUUAUCGGACACGGACAACGAUUCCGACGUCCUCUACGAGACCAAGGCGAAGAUGACGUCAUUCGGCCGCACGUGGAACGGCGAAGUUAGCAACGGUUGGAAGAACGGCCACGCCAAGAAUACGAGGAGAGUCAAGACGUAGCUUAGAAAUACGUACGGUUAAUAAAUAUACGAAACUAAAUGAUGUAAAGUGCUAAACAAAAAUAUGUUACGGUGAAAAGCACUCGCGACUUCAUCCGGUGGGUAUUGAAUGAGUGAAGCAUCUUAUAAUAUGGCGUACAAAAACUAUCGCUUGUUAAACGAUCCGGCGCUACCUGCCCUUGUGAUAACAUAACAAUUGUCCGUAACGACUUAGCGCAAAUAUAUAUGAUAACGUAUAGUGUUCACAUAGAUAUAGCUAUUAUGCAUUUAGAUUUGUUGGACAUAAUAUAUAGGCUAUAUAUACAUAUAUGUAUAGCUAGUUAAUUAAACAUAAUAAUUACACUGAUAAAUAAUGUGCAAAUGACUGCCAUACGGGAUGUAUGUACACAACAUUAUACGAGAAUUUAUAUAAAUUAUUUAUCAGGAAAAUUAUUGUAUCACGCCAAAGGUUAGUUUGAAUGAAUUGAAUCGUCAACACUGAAUUAUAUAUGUAUGUGAGGAAUUAUUUAAAUCGUGCUAUACAUUUUGAGUUUUAAUCAAAAUUUCGAGACAAUGGAUUUUAGAGUAUUUUUUUUUUAUUUGCCAUUCACUAGACAGAUAAUAAAUAUAAUUCGAUUGUCGUGUGUUUUAUCAAAUCUAAGAUAAGAUCAGAAUUCGCUGUACGUUGUAUCGAAUAACAUUAAUUGAUAAAUAUAAUAAAUAAUGUUAUAUAUAAUUAAGAUUUUUAUAACGUGCGUCGACUGUAGGAGCCGACGCGAGAGAUUUUUGACGAGUCAUAAUAAUUAUGUAGCUAUCAUAUACAGAUCGUGAUCACUUAAAUACAUGCAAUUUUGUUUUUGUUUAGAUUUUGUUUUAUAACAAUAUUUUUGCUUCGUCACUACAGUAUUUUUGUAUUAUUCGAGAUAUAUUUAAUGUAACAGUAAAUUCGGCAACAGUAUGCAAGGUUAGUUUAAGUGUUUAAGUAGAAUACAGUAAGUUACUUAAUAAAGACAUUAUAUUCUAGUCGUAAUUAUAGUUAUGCAUAAAGUAUUCCUUAUUUUUCAAUUAUAUUUACUUAAAUGCGUGAUAGAAGCAUAUUUUUAUUUUACAAACAUUAUAUAUAAAGGUUUGUUUUUUUUUUUUUUUGAAAACGAUUUAAAUAAAGCAUUGAAAUAAGA